AUGUUACGCUCCUGUGCACUUUUACGUUCUGCAACGGAGGCUGUCGUUAAGUGCUCUCAGAGAGGAGCUGUGUUGACGCUGACACUUAACAGACCUGCUCAACUUAAUGCACUUAACAAGGAUUUGUUAUGCGCGCUAGCUGAAAGCGUGUCGAAGUACGAUGCGGAUCCGUCGGUGUCGGUCAUCAUCAUUACCGGUGAGGGUAAAGCCUUCUGUGCCGGUGCUGAUGUGAAGGCAAUGUCAAGUAAAAGUUUUGUUGACUUUUAUAAGGACGACAUGCUUCGCGGUAUCGACACUGUAGCUAAUGCUAAGAAACCAGUUAUUGCCGCAGUCAACGGUUUCGCUUUGGGCGGUGGAUGUGAACUUGUCAUGUCUUGCGAUAUCGUUGUAGCCAGCGAAAAGGCGACCUUCGGACAACCCGAAGUUAAAAUUGGAACAAUUCCGGGCGCUGGCGGUACACAACGGCUUGCGCGGCUAAUUGGUAAAAGUAAAGCGAUGGAAUGGGUGCUGACGGGACAACAGUAUACUGCAGAAGAGGCGGAGCGCGCUGGUUUGGUUUCCCGUGUUGUGAAGCAUGAGGAACUUACCACGGCAACUAUGUCAGUCGCUGAAAAAAUUACGUUGAACAGCUGCUUAAUAACUUCCCUUGCGAAAGAUUGUGUCAAUAGGGGGUUUGAAGCAACACUGAGCGAGGGCCUAAAUUACGAGCGACGGAUAUUCCAGGCUACAUUUGCCACAGCUGACCAAAAGGAAGGUAUGCGUGCCUUCCUGGAGAAAAGGAAACCGUUCUUCACCAAUUCGUAG